AUGGCUUCUUCUCGCCGCAUCUUCGUCGGGAACAUAGCUUACAACGCCACCGAGGAACAGGUGAGGGCUCUCUGCGAGGAGGUCGGCCCUGUUGUGAGUUUCAAAAUCGUCACAGACAAAGACACCGGGAAGCCCAAGGGUUUCGGGUUUUGUGAGUUCAGGGACGAAGCCACCGCGUUUAGCGCUCUGCGGAAUCUUCGGAAUUGCGAGCUCAACGGCCGGCGUCUGAAUGUCAACUUCGCUGCUAAUGAGAAACCCAAUCAUCAGCCGAUUGGUCUCCAAGUGGCUGCGGAUGCCGCCGCCGCCGUGGCGGGUGCUUUAGGUGGUUCUACGCAGGGUUUGGGUAAUGAUUCUUUGACUGUCUAUCUGUCGAAAAUGUCGAGGAAUCAGUUGGCGCAGAUGGUUUCGGAGAUGAAGGGAAUUGCUGUUGGGAAUAAGGACAUGGCUCAUGACAUGUUGCUCGCAAUGCCGCAGCUUAACAGGGCUCUGUUUCAGGCACAGAUAAUGCUCGGAAUGGUCUCACCGCAGAUGAUGGAGAAGGCUAACAUGAGGCCAAUGCCUGCAUUCAAUAAUGGCAACCCCCAACAGCAGCUUGUGGUUCCAAAGCCGGAACCAGUUCAUGUCUCGGCGCCAAUGCCUCUGUCGAAUAUGGGUCAACAGGCGCAGCUGCAAGUUCUUAAAUCAGAACCGGCGCAAAUGUGUGAGCCUCAGACUCUUCCUCCGGCGGAAGUGGACCCUGCUUUGAUGCAACAAGUUCUGAGCCUACCUCCUGAAACGGUGGCUUCAUUGGCACCGGAGCAGCGGGAACUAGUCAUGCAGAUCCAACAGAUGUAUAGGCAUUAG